AUGGUGGGACUAGGAUUGUUAUGACAAGCUGUAAUUUGUUCUCUCGCAUCAGUGAUCAGACUCAUCUCGCUCUCUCCCGAGACCCCGUGUCCCCGCCUCAACAGUCUCUCUCUGCAGCGGCACUAAGGUACCGGCAUCGCACUCCGGCUCUGCGUAUCAACAGAAAACAAGAGCUCACGGCUUCACUCCACAGCCUUUCACCGCCCUACUUCGCCGCUCGGUUUCACAAACAGGCAGUGGCGGUGAGAAGAUAUUAAGUUUGGAUUAAUGACUAAGGAUUCUGGCAGUGGUGGUGGUUCUGGAACUCCUAGGUUCAGACGCCGUAAGCAGUCUAAUGAGAUCCCUGCUGAAAUUACUAAACAAAAUGGGGGCAGUUUACUUGUUAAUGAUCAUAACAAGUACAAAUCUAUGUGGAUCCGCACGCAUUCUACGCUUUGGAUGAUUGGGGGUUUUGUCUUCAUCAUCUACAUGGGUCAUCUUUAUAUUUGUGCCAUGGUGGUUGUGAUUCAAAUUCUGAUGGCAAAGGAACUGUUCAAUCUAUUACGGAAGGUUCGAGAAGAUCGAGACCUUCCUGGUUUUCGGCUAUUAAAUUGGCACUUCUUCUUUACUGCAAUGCUGUUUGUGUAUGGUCGAUUUCUCAGUCAGCGGCUUGUCAAUACUGUCACUUCAGACAAAGUAUUAUAUAAGCUUGUUAGCAUUCUCAUCAAGUACCAUAUGGUGAUUUGUUAUUUCUUGUAUAUUGCAGGUUUUGUGUGGUUUAUCCUCUCUCUAAAGAAGAAGAUGUACAAGUAUCAGUUUGGCCAGUAUGCAUGGACACACAUGAUCCUUAUUGUUGUGUUCACUCAGUCGUCAUUUACUGUGGCCAACAUCUUUGAAGGAAUGUUUUGGUUUCUUCUUCCUGCAUCACUUAUCGUCAUAAACGACAUCGCGGCUUAUUUAUGUGGGUUUUUCUUUGGGAAAACUCCGUUGAUUAAGCUUUCUCCAAAGAAAACCUGGGAAGGUUUCAUUGGGGCUUCCAUUGCAACCAUAAUUUCAGCAUUUUUGCUCGCAAAUGUCAUGGGUCGGUUUGAGUGGCUAACAUGUCCAAGAACGGAUUUAUCUACUGGUUGGCUACAUUGUGAUCCUGGACCGUUGUUUAAGCCGGAGUACUACAACAUGCCAAGAUGGAUUGCGAACUCGUUGGCCUGGAAGGAUCUGCCCGUCAUGCCAGUUCAAUGGCAUGCUUUAGGACUAGGCCUAUUUUCUUCAAUCAUAGCACCUUUUGGAGGGUUUUUCGCCAGUGGAUUCAAAAGAGCCUUCAAAAUCAAGGAUUUUGGUGAUAGCAUCCCUGGGCAUGGUGGAAUCACUGACAGAAUGGAUUGUCAGAUGGUAAUGGCCGUCUUCGCAUAUAUCUACCAUCAGUCCUUUGUUAAGUCACAAAGCUUAUCAGUUGAGUCUAUCUUGGACCAGAUAUUGAUGAACCUUACAUUUGAGGAGCAGCUAGAUCUAUACCGGAAGCUUGGAGAAAUCUUGCAGCAGAAAUGAUUUGGACAAAAUUAAACCCAUCUCUGAUAUAUGCUUUUGAGGUUUGCUUUCUAAAUGGCAUCAUGUGCUCUGUUUUUGUAGUAUGACCUGCCAUCAAAUUCAGUGGUCAAGAGAGCAUUUCUUUUUUAUUGUGCUUUCUGUGAGCAUUUUGUACGAGGCUGCUGAAUCUCUUCAACAGUUAUGCUAAGAUAUAUUGGGUUUUUCUCUCGUAAUCUUCUCUGAUGGACUUCUGAUUAAACUUCAUUUGGAGAUUAGCGGGAGAAGCUCUUGGGUGAUUAUUAAUUAGUGAAAUUCCUAUCCAGCUGCGAUCAUGACGGCUGGUAUUGGUCGAGAUGAGGCGUCUAGAAAUGAGAUUGAUCUUAUAUAUGCUUGGCCUGCCUCAUGUUUGGAGAAUAUUUGACAGCGGUGGCAUUUCUCUUGUACAUGUGGGAAGGACUUAAGGUUUCUUUUGUUAGUUGAGUGUAUCUAUUUGAAAUCCAUUUUCUGCUCUUUUGUUCAAGUUUCGUUUCAACAGUUCUAUUUUUUGAUUAAAUAUUCUUUCAGAUAUGCAUAUUCGAUUGCAUCGAGACCGUUGUAGAGGCAGCGGUACUUAAAACCUUGUAUCCCAUGUAUGAUAAUUUUCAUUUGAGUAAAUAUCUAUCGGAAAGUUUUCUCUUCUUAGUCA